AUGCACAGUUUGGCAACGGCCGCGGUAAGUCGCUUGCCGUUUCCACGCAGGGCGACGAGGGCCUUGGCUGAGAAGCGUGAGAGGCACCCUCCCCCUUCUCUCUCCCUCUCUCUCUCCUCAUUGGUCGGAGAGAUAUGGGGAGGGGGGCACAGAACGGAGCGGGGCUCUAUUUUCCCGCCAAAUUGCCCUCCUAAGGAACGGGCGUCUGCUAACGGCCUUUCCUCCUGCGCGAGGCGGCGGCCUUUGCUGUCCUCUAAGGGAAGGCAGAGGGAGCUUCUCCGCAGGCUUCUCCCUUCAGGUGCUCUUGCAUGAGCCAGGCGUCUCUUGUGUGCGUUUUCCAUAUGCUAAUCUAUGCGGGUUCCUAAUUGCCCAUGGCUCAAUGCUGCUGGAUAAAAAGGUGGCUCGAGAGGCUGGAUGCAGAUGCAUAUAGACAGACACGUAUCCUGACAGGCGCACCCCGACCACUCUCAUUCAAGCGCCUCUCAGCAAGGCUUGCCGGGCUUCUGUCGUCUAGAGUUUCACGUCUGCAAUAAUGUGCCGCCACAAAACAGGGUUUACUUCUCUUUCAUCUGUUGUCUGGGAAGUCGUUUUAUAACCGCGCUUGCAUGAAAGUAAGCCCCACACUGAGUUGAAUUUGGUUUUUCUCUCGGUGUUUACGAUCGCAGCCUUAAAAUGCAAAAAUUCCACGUGGGACAUUCAUUCAUGUUUUAAUUUAACAGUGGCGUGGCUUGUGUGCGUUGCUUGUAAUGAGACAAGUGGUGAUGAUAGCGGGAAGUAAAAUAACUUGGUUAGUAGCGUACCUCUUGGGAAUUAUAUUGACUGACAUUCCUGCCAUUAGGAAAAAAGUUUUCAUAUAUGCAACCGCUGCGGCCAGAAUGAUUAUAGCAAAAAAUUGAAAGGGAGAAAAAACUCCCUCAAUAAGAGAAUGGCAAAUAAGAUUUUGUGAAUAUAUAGAAUCAGCAAGACUUACAGCAGUAGUAAGAGGCCAAUCAGACCAAAAACUAAUAGAGGAGUGGACUUGUGUGAAGGAAUACAUCCAAAAACAUUGUUCUGGUAUUAAUAUAUCAAUAUGCAAUGGGUGAAACUUAGAGUAAAAAAUUAAGAAGAAAUUGGUAUAAGAUGAGAUAGUCAAAAAUAAUACUGAUAACAGCGAAAAGAAGAAAAGAAACAAAGGAAGCAACAUAUAGGUGGAAGUCAAGAUUUAUGUCUGUAUGUUUAGUUUGUAUUUAUUUUUUUUUGUAAACUAAGUUGAGAGGUGUAUGUAUCUGUGUAUAAUAAGUUUGUUUAGUGUUCUGGUUUGUGUUUGUAAAUAUUGCAAUUAUCAAUAAAAGUAACCCCAUAUUAGAGAACUAGGUACCCUUUUGCAGCAUCUUCACAGGACUUGCCGUGCAACAUUUCCUUUCUAGACACUAGUAGGGGAAUGAAUCCAGAAUGAUUCAGUUUGAGCACUUGCUUGUAUGCUUUGAGUUUAAUACUCUUAAGGCUGCUUGCUAUGUAGAGACAUGUAAGUAGCUUGAUUUAUUUUGCUAGGCUGACUUAGGUAGUUUGUCUCUUCUGGCUCAGUAGGUAUUUAUGGGUUUUGCCCAGUAAAAAUCACCAUUAGUAGUAGUAAUAAUAAUACCAAUUUAAUUAGUUGUACCCUGCCCAUCUGAUUGGGCUGUCCCAGCCACUCUGGGCAGCUUUCAACAUAUAUAGUAAACACUAUAUCAACUUUGGGUGAAACUGUACAUAACGAAGAACAUGGAAUUGCUUCUAAAAACUGCAGGUUCAUCCUAAAACCCUCCUUAUCUUUUCUAUAUUUAACAGAAAUUGAAAUACGGUAUAGAAAUUAAAUAAAUAAAAUUAAUAAAAUAAUAAACAUGUAAUGAAUUGUAUCCAGCUACGUUCUACUCAGUAGACCCACUGAAAAUUAUGAGCCUAAGUUAGCCAUGUCCACUAACCUUAAUGUGUCUGCCCUGAGUGUGACUACCUUUGGAUAGAAUAAUAUUGCAAUACAUAUCGCUGAUCAUGUUAUGUAGGAGGGUAGAGAGAACUUCACACAGGUUUGCUGAUUUUUGUGGCAGCUCUGUCUCACCUAGUUCUGGUCUUUGACAGUUCACUCAGGUGAAACAGAAUUUGUGCUAGCUCCACUAACAAGCAGUACUUCUGUCUGACAUAAUAUUUAGGCAUUUUCUUACUUGUAUUAUACUUACUGUAGUUUUAAGUGAAUCUGCUACUUCAAAUGGUGAACACUUGACUUUUUCAGGUCUUGACAGUCUUAAUAGCAGACUUUAGUCUAAUUAGUGCGUUUAUUUUUAUCAAGUUCAUGCUGACGUUCUGGAACUGUGGAUAUUUAAUGGAUAGGGUAGGCACACCACUACAGCAUCUGUCACUGGAAAAAUGAUUUUAAAGAUCUUUCCAUUUACCAUGAAGGUAAUUAUGAAAUGAGGCCUCUUGAAGGGCUAUAAAAAUAAUUUCCUUUGCAAAGUACCUUCAUAUGCUUUAAGGCAAGUGAAAUAGUAAGUGACUAGAAAUGUCUAGCUUACAAAAGCAAUACUGUAGCAAUUAUCCUGAAAAAGGUCGCUUAUAUUCAAUUUUUUAUUACUGUGGUUGCCUGAAUUUCUGUAAGUAAUGGAAAGUUAAGCUCGUCUCUUGUGCUGCUGCUCGGAUAAAGCAUAUUUACAGGCUCUGAUCUUCGUGUUGAACUGCCACAGUUGGAUCAUGGGGUGUUAUCAGCCUUUCUUUCCUGCAACUUUCCACUCCUGUAUUUGUCCCUGAAUCUAUUGUUCUGUGACUGCAGCUAACUGUUCAACAUGGUGACACUAUGAGCCAUUUUAAACACAAUUAUUUCACUAAUAGUUUUCUGGGUAAGAGAUGUUGGGCCUUUAAUAAAGUCCCAAAAGAAAGCAAAGUCCCAUAAUAGAAGGAAUGUGUUAACAAAGCAGACAUAAAGCACUGAGGAUUCAUUUGCUGUGGAGCAGCCCUAGAGUUUUGAACAAGGGAUUUUUUGCACAGCUGAUGAAAAGGUGUGCAAUGCUUUGGACUACUCCUCAUUGGAUGCAUUGGAUCAUUUAUUAACUUUAAUCAUCACUUUGCACCCCCCUGAAGCAGGAGUGGGCAACCUUUUUUCUGUCAGGUAUUGAGGGAGGGAGAAGUAUCAGCAGCAAUGGGCAGAGACAGAGCCAUACACAGAAGUGUUUUGGAUUAAUUAAUCUGGAGCAGACCGAGAUAAAGAGUGGUGGCUAUGAGAGAGGGACUAUAUCUCAAGAUCUUGAGCAUGGAAGGCUUUUAUGGUCCACUGCUUUAUGAUAGUUGCUGAAGUUGAAUUGGUAUUGAUUCUCUGCUUUGUUUUUGUUGUCAUGGAUUUGUAGCCUUUUGUGCUGUAUUAACCAGUUUUGUUGACAGUCAUUUUUAAAGUGCUAUAUUAUUUUUGUUUGGUGCCCAAACGACUUUGUUUACUUAUUUAUUAUUAUAUUUAACAAUGAUGAUUUUAAUAACUCAGCUGCUACAGUAUAGUAAAAUGAUUGCACAGCUGCAGUGAGUACACACAAACCAAUGGAACUAUCAUCCAGCAACUUUUCCCCCCCUGCUGUGACAUAUUCCUUCCCCUGUGCUGUUACUGUGCCUUGGCUAGAAGCAAGUCCCACUAAAAUAUGUGGCACUUAAUCUCAACUAUGUUUACUUGGAAGUGUCUACUAAUCACUCCUGAUCACCCUUGAAGUUUUGUACAAGGUUGUAUUACUGUUUAUACUUCUUUGACUUGGGACCAAAGGCCUUGACUUGAACCUUUUGUCUUCCUUUAAAGCCUGUGCCAACGGCACUGGCUCAGGUUGAUCGAGAGAAGAUUUAUCAGUGGAUCAAUGAGCUUUCCAGCCCAGAGACUCGUGAGAAUGCACUGUUGGAGCUGAGUAAAAAGCGAGAGUCUGUCCCUGAUCUCGCACCAAUGUUGUGGCACUCUUUUGGUACAAUUGCAGCUCUCUUACAGGUGGGUAGCAUAUUACUUUUAACUGAAAUAGCUUGCUAGACUCUUGCAAGCAAUCUGCUAGAUGUCUUUCUGAAAAUCUUGAGAUACUGAGGGUUUUGAAAUUCUGUCUCUUGACCUAAUAAAAGUUUGGGACAAUAGAAGAUGGCAAUGAAGAACUUGAGCCACCCAAGUAAGGACAUCUUAUUGGAGCAUAUGUAUUUUAGUUCUUGUCUAAUAUGUUACAGCUUUUGUAGCUAGUUGUUAGUGUGGGGGCAGAAAUUCUAUCAAACUGAGACAUUAAUCAAUCACAAGUAAUUAGUGGGAGGAUUUUGGCUCUGAAUAUUGGAGUACUUAAAUGUGUGGAAGAAUUUUCACACAAAUAUUUCCUGUCUUCUUUCUUUCAUAGGAAAUUGUAAAUAUCUAUCCAUCUAUAAAUCCACCAACUUUGACAGCUCAUCAGUCCAACAGAGUCUGCAAUGCUCUGGCACUUCUACAGUGUGUUGCAUCGCAUCCAGAAACAAGGUUAAUAUACUCGGGUGUAUUGGAUCUCUGGAAAAAAUAACUUUUGGUUAGUGUGGUAUAUGUCCAGACUAGAGAAAAUAUGCUUCCGCCAAGCCUCUUUAUCUGCAGGGCUCUGUACGUCAACAGAACUAUAUUCUCAGUCACAGCCACACCAUACAUUAGAAGCACAUGGUAUCUGUAACUUGCUGGUUUUUACACUGUUUUUAGAGUGCAUUAGUGACUUGAGCCAACUCGGUGAAUAAAACAGUCAAGCUGCCUGUCUUACCGGUCAGUUUGUCAGUAAGAAAACUAGUUUUACAGGCAUAUUUCCUCAUAUUUCUUCUCUUUCUAAAGGUGAGGUCCUAAUUCAGUUCUCUAGCCUUCACAAAGUAACUCUGUGUAAGCAAAUAUCCAGAAGAUACAUUCUAAAUGCUUUUUUCUUCCUUUGUCUAGGUCAGCCUUCCUUGCUGCUCACAUCCCUCUCUUCUUGUAUCCCUUCUUGCACACUGUCAGCAAGACUCGGCCCUUCGAGUACCUACGACUCACAAGUCUUGGAGUAAUUGGUAAGUGACUGAUGCUGGGAAUGGUAAGUCCUCAUCAGUUUGUAGGUCAGAAAAGGGUUUUGAUCUGAUUUGAACUCUUCUGAGACUUAGCCAUGCAUUUUAAAAGAGGGAAUUCUAACAUUCCAGAGAAAUAGAGAAUCAUGUAGCAGACUAGAAAUAAUUUCCAUGUUGUUCCUCUUUACUGUUGUUAGCACCUGGGAUUCUGGGAAGUACACCAGUCCUGGGCCCAAUUCAAAGUUAUGUAUAUUUGUGUUUUUAUAUUGUAAAUCACCCUGUGAUCCUCAGGUGAAUGACAAAUUUCCAGCCUCAUUCUCCCAAAUUACCUUAGGGAAAGAUGGAACUAGCAGGGCUGGGAGUCCUAGAACACUGAAGGGAUCAUUACUGAUGCGCACCCUAUCUAUCCAAUCAAAUACUGUACACAACUUCAAUGUGCUCAUAGAUCUAGUGGUUAGUACUUGCAACUGUGUAUUGUAACCUCAUGGACCACACCAGAAGUUUUUCAGGAAGCUUUAUUUGGUGCAGCAUGCAACAAACUGCCUUUUUAUUGGCAUUGAGAAGCCACAUAGCCAGCCAAUGCAGAAGCAGCUGCAUGGGCUCCUAGCUAGCUGACAGGGCUAGCAGCUCUAUAAAGAUCAUAGCAGCAUCUCUUUGGGUGAUUGAACCCAAUGAGUUAAAAAAGUUGAAUGUAUUAUGUUCACUGGUCUUCAUGAUUAACUUUGCUGGACAAUCCAAGACUUGUACUUGCCAACCCCCCCUCACACCCAUUCUACCUGGUAAACCACACACAAGGAGAGUAUUCUGGCUUGAGUACCACUGCUUAAAAGCAUCCUAGCACCAUUGCAGAACAGUGCCCCUCCCCCAUCUGUCUUUUGUGAGUGGAGGACCAGUAAGAAGAGCAGCCAGUUGGAUACCACAAUUGUAAGAUGCGCAGAGCAUCUUGCAGCAGUAACAUUCAGCCAUGCCACUGUCCAACAACUCGCACUUUUCCUCUGAACCUUGGAGCUGGAGAGAAGGCAGGGAUCACAGCACAACUGUCAGAGCAAUCUCUACCCACCGCUGCAGCUCCACAAUGGAAAGCAUGACUGGCUGCUUGUCAUACUUGUCACAAGGUAGUGCUGUACUUGCCUUGGCAAGCAUGACAGAUGGACUUGCUGUUCUAUAGGUAAGAGUGUAAAAGGCUUUAGAUAUUUCAUUGGCUAAAAGAGGAAUUUGUGAUUGGUGGAGGAAAGGUUAAAAGGCUGCUGCUUCAAUAAAAUAAUAAUCCUUAGUAUUUGCUCCUUGGUUCUUGGGAGCUCAACCAUGUGCUUAUCCAGUAAUUUCCCACUUCUUCUCCAGACUGCACUGAUUUUCUGUUAGCCCUGAUUGUUUCCUAUAUGCAUGUUUCUGUUAGGCCUUUGCAAAGUUAUAUGAAGCAGUUUGGGUUUUUUGCUUGUAUUUCAAAGGGGCCCUGGUGAAGACAGAUGAGCAAGAAGUAAUCAACUUCUUACUGACAACGGAAAUUAUCCCUUUGUGCUUACGCAUCAUGGAGUCUGGCAGCGAACUUUCCAAAACGGUAUUGCUUUUAGUGUAAUGAAGUGGUUCUAGUUUCUUGACUGUUUUCUCUUUACUUUCCAAUGCAUCAUGUUCCUGCAUGCAGCAGACUUCUCCAUCUGAGGUUAGCUGGCUGUUUCUCUCUGAGGAGUGAUUGCAGAUGUACCCACUUCAAAUUGUCGUGAUUGGCUGCCUCUUUCAAAACACUAUUAUGAGAGGAAAGCUGGAUAGGACAUUUAUUCUCUUUUUGUGCAGUUUCUCGCCCAAGGUGCUUUUGUACUCAUUUCUUGCUGCAACUCUGCUGUACUUUUUCCAGCAACAGUAUGAAAAGGAUCUAUUAUUGUGUAAGUGCCGUCCCAGUAUCAGUUAUUUGAGAAGCCUGCAGGUGGUGCCUGUGUGCUUCUCAAGAUCCUUAGCAUCUUUUAUGUCACACUCACGAGUCAGUUUAUUCCUAGUCACACCUUUAUGCAUCUGUCACUCUUCAUUAGGUUAUUAAUUUUAGCUAGCCACCAACCUGUCACCAUUUGUCUGCAAAAUUUAAGCAGGUUUCUUCCUCAGGUCAACAGGAUCAAUAAAAUUUUAGUUGCUAGCACCAAGAUAGAUAAUUGCAGUACCUGCUUCUCCUCUUGUCAGUGCUAUAUGAGGUUUUUAUUUGGUUUCAUAGUGGGCAAAAUCUCUUCUCAUAGGUCUUCUCCCAACAAGCUUCCGACUUCGCUGAGUUUUUGGUAAUGCGACAUCCCACCCUAAUCCUGCACAGUCUGCAAUUCAAGCGUUUGUUCAACCCUAUCUCUUCUGUCUUUCAGGUUGCUACUUUUAUUCUACAAAAGAUCUUAUUGGAUGAUACGGGGUUGGCUUAUAUCUGUCAGACUUACGAACGAUUUUCUCACGUUGCAAUGAUAUUGGUAUGUGGCUUUGAUUGUAAAGGGCUUGGUAACUCAGCAUUGCUCCUGCAUUUAGGGGAGCUAAAUGCUCUUUGGUGGAAAGUGUAGUGAAUGUAAUUUGGAUCUUUAUAGUAGUCACGUCUAAUCAUAACAACAGGGCCACCUCUUCAUACUCCUAAUCUCAAGGAAGAAAUAUGCCAGAGCAUUACAUAGCAACACAGUUCAUGGUGUUAUGGCUAUGUGAAAGCACUCCCAUUUUUGAGGAGACUGGUUCUCCAACACCUAAGGAGCAAGUCACUGCUAAUGCUUGACAGUGUUUCGUGGGGUGAGACAUAUUAGAGACAGAAUUAGCUUUCCAGACAUUUGCCUUGCUUUUUAGAAGCUUAUACUUUACAGUCUAAAUUAAACUAGGGUGGGGAUGAGGAGUAGCAAAAGGUAACAAGGGAUAAAUGUGAACAAAUGCUGUUAUACAUACUUAACCAGCAAAUGUCCUUGUUCUAAAUUCUCUGUUUUUAAACCAGGGUAAAAUGGUCCUGCAGCUUUCCAAGGAGCCUUCUGCCAGGCUGCUGAAACAUGUGGUCCGUUGUUACCUCCGCCUUUCUGAUAAUCCAAGGUAGACACCUUAGAAGUUUCUUGGGAUCUCUUGAUAGGGGUGGGGUGCAGGUUGGUGUUGUGCUGCAGAACCAGGGACAGUUGCACUUUGCAGUGCCAGGAUGGGGGUCCAGCUCCUUCUGUAUCUCCAGAGCAAAUCAAGCAUAACCUGGCAAUUCUUACAAUAAAUGCCAGGAGCUUAAAGUCCAAGUAGUUUCUUCUGACCGCCUCAUCAAGAUUCUGAAGACUGGAGCAAGAUCAUUAAGAUUAUACUUAUUUAAGCAAACUUAUUUUAGCACCAGAGUCUUCCCACUGUUCAGGAACAUGUAUUGAUAGUAAUUAUGAGAGAGUUUAUAAUCUUUUCCCCUUCAAUCUCUAACUGCAAAAAUGUCUGUGUUUAUUAAGCCAGCCAGCAGUCAUCAUGUGCUUGACUGCUCUGGAUACCUAACAUCAGACAAGUCAUUAAUCUUCCUUCAUAAGUCACAUUCUGACUCCAUUGAUCAGGGUGGAGAAGAUGCAGGAUAGCGUAUGGAGUUGAAGUGACUAUCCUGUGGCCUCCAAAUGUCAUUGGACUCCAACCUCCAUCAGUGCCAGUUAGCAUAGCCAGUGGUCAGGGAUGCUGUGAGUUGUAGUCCAGCAAAUGUCUGUGGUGCCACAGUUUAGCCACCCCUGGUAUAAAGAAUAUGGUUGUACCCUGCAGGUAUGUGUAGAUGCUUUUGAUACAAAGUGCUUCUGAUACAGCAAUUGUAGCCUUAAGUAUUCAAGAGGGGGGCUUGCUCCCCUCUUGUCCAUGUGAGUUUAUUUGUUGGCCCCCCUCUUUCUUGUCUCCUGAUGUAGGGCACGGGAAGCCCUCAGGCAGUGCCUUCCUGACCAGCUGAAAGACACCACCUUUGCCCAGGUUCUGAAAGACGAUACUACCACCAAGCGUUGGCUGGCACAGCUGGUCAAGAAUCUGCAGGAAGGCCAAGUCACCGACCCCAGGGGCAUCCCCCUUCCUCCGCAGUGACAGCCAAGGAGGUGGCAGAACCCAGGAGGAAACAGCUCAGGUUUACAGAGAGCCAGGAACCAAUGACCUCUUCCAGAUCCUGUCAGGCAUGGUUGGGCAGCUCCUUGGACUGUCAGUAGCUACCUGGACUGCAGGCCCUUUCUAUAGCAACGUCUCACCAUGCCUCUGAGGAUUAUGACACCAGCAAACACAGUUGGGACAGAGAAGCCCUCUUUUAGGGUGUGGGCUUUGUUGCGAUGAUCAGUUGAGUACCAAGCUGGGCCGUGCUGCUACCAAUGGCGUAUCUACCUUUCUGGUUCAGUGUGGCAGGCUUGGGAAGUAUUCCUCAGUUUCUUUGUUAUUCAGUGUUUACAUGUAAGUUCAAUAAAGGUUGGUCUGAUCAUUUGACCCUCUUAGGCGUACCUUUUGAGCUGAAUCUAGCUCUAAGCAGAGGAGGCCUGUUUCCCUUUUCCCAACUGGGAAUUGCGCUUUCGUAAGAGGAGCCCCACUGAUCCUUUAAAAAAAAAAGUUCAGCCUUUGGGGCUGAAGCCCAAUCUCGGGGGGAUUGGGAGAGGGGUGAUAACAUAGUAUAUCCACAGGUUCUUAAAGGAUUGUUCCUGGUAUGUCAGAAGGCAGAGACUUCCUGGACUCCAUUCCUUUGGCCACACAUUAGAACAGUCCCUGCCUCUGUGACUGUAUUUGAACCAGUGUCAAAUGUUCUAUGGAUGAUCCUCCACCACCUAGUCAGUAAGAUCCAGAAUGCCACCAAAACAUUCCUUCAGCAUUCAAACUGUGCCAGAGGAGAAAGUUGUUGCAUGGAUGCCAUGGCCGGCAAGCCAUGUGGCCUUCCACUUUGUAGCAGCCCAUGCCUCUGGGUAGGGUAGGGUUAACUCUUAAGUGUGAACAAAACAGACAGGGACCAAGAGCUAUUUCAGGCAGUCGGUAAAGGCUGCAGGUAUUUCAGCCUUGCUGGCUAGUGCUGGAAAGCAUAAUGGCUGCAAAACGCAAGGGCUCUCAUGCUCUUUAUCUUAUCCUUCCCCUGCUACCAGGCUAAGUGCAUCCAAUUUAUCACCUUGAACCUGCUCCUGUUUGUUGGCAUCUGCGAUGGAUGAGGAGCUAUUAAGCAGUCAGCAGAGACAUCUUCUCCCCUGCCCUCUAAAUGAGAGAAGCAAACAAAAAGAAGGGGAGGGAGGGGGAAAUCAUCCAAGCUGUUUGUCAGUUGCACAACAAGGCUGGGAGCAGGUGGCUUCUGGUCCCUUGCCAGAUCCCUUGGCCUCAGCACCUGCUGCUGUUUUGGGUAGGAACCUAUCUUCCGUUUCCUCUCUUUUCUUUGCUGAUGGCUGGCCAUGCCAUGCCAAGGGUGUCUUAACUCUUCCCUCUCCAUGGACUGCUUUUGCUCUUACAGCGGCUCCGUUUUAUAACAGCCUUGUUUUAUCCAUCCCUGCCUUGAGUGGACUUUACCAACUGCUUUCUGUUUUGUAACUUGAAUAAAAAAUAAGCCAAAUGAAUCUGGAUCCUCUUUGACUUAAAAUAAUGGCUUGGAAGAAUGGCAGGGAGGGUUGUAGACAUUACCAAAAAUGUCCUCUCAAAGCCUUUUAUCACUGGGCAAUAUAGCAUUUCCCUCCAGUUGAGAGAGCUGUGCUUUUUGCCCAGAGAGCCCUUAGCUGUUGGGUUGGAGUGAGUGUCACUAUGCUGGGUAGCAGUUCACAACCUGUGGGGGGGGCACAUAUAGCCUAUAUUGGUAAACGAAGGUGGAGCCACAUGUUUCUGCUUAGCAACUCUGCUUUAUUUUGAGAACCAUGGUUCAAGAGCAUAGUCAUUUUUUUAACAAAAUAUAUAUAUCAUUUGAGUGCAAUAAAACCCCUAAGUGGUUUUCAAGAAAUAUUAAAAUUAUCAAUAAAUUUAAAACCAUUGAAAACAUUUAAAAAUAAUUAAAAUGAACAGCAAAAGAGAUCAAAACAACUACAUGUCUGGAUAGGUUUGCCUUAAAAAAUGUUUUAAGCAGGUGACAAAAAGAGUACAAUAAAAUAUUCUUCACUGCAUCACAGACAUGAAGUAUGGCAUACUUUUAGCAAGAUCUUUAAAUAAUUUGAAUGUUCUGGUUUGCAGAAGAUAGACCAGUGUGAUCUGAGAAAGACAUAAAAGUGAAUAGCUGGGAAGGUAUGAAGUGCCAUUGUUAAAGAUGAGCAGAUAUUGGCCAGUGUAAUAAUGUCUACUUGAGAGCUACUUCUGGCUUCCCAUGUGAUCUGUUCUGAGCAUCCUUAACGUUCAGAGCAAGAUAUAUAGAUUAGGAAGGGUGUAAGAGAAACAACAAGUGUACUCUUAAAUACAUCUCUUACAAUAUGGCCUUUUUGGUAUGUUAAUUUAUGACUAGGCAAUUCAAAGAAGAUUGGUGAUCUGUAUAAAAAUGUUACCUGAAUCUUCAAUAUGCUAAAAUAAAUAGAAUUCAGCAUAAUAAAAAAAUAAUUUUAUGAUUAGUGCAUUUAUAUCCCACCUUUCCUCCAAGAAGCUUGAGGGUAGCAUACAUUUUCCUCCCCCAUCUCCAUUAUAUCCUCGCAACAACCCUGCAAGGUAGGUUAGGCUGAGAGACUCUGAGACUGGCUCAGGUCAGCCAGUAAGCAUCAUGGCUGGGUGGGGAUUUGAACCCUGGUCUCCUGGGUCCAAAUCUGGUUCUAACACUGUACCACCACAUUAUGCCCUUGCCUUGCAGAACUAUGGAAUACAAUACCCAUGGGCUUGUAGACUGUAUCCUGGCCAGCGAGCUGCAUUUGUUCCAAUCAGAAUGGCAUUUCAUGGAUCAUCUGUUCUGUUCUGGGUUCUGUCUUGCCACUGAAUCGCUUCUGCAGGCACCUGGCCAAGACCUAAGAAUCUUGUCCUCUUCGUUACCAAGAAUAGCAAUGAAAUGUUCAGUUAAUACAACAGCAGUGGGUGCUGCCGAAAGCUUAAUUCUUCUCAUAGUGUAAGGCACUACGAGAGUUGGGAUUCCAGUGCUUAAGGGGACAGCAGGCUGGAAUGAAAUAUGUUUCCAAAGUAAAGGUACAGUCACAUCCCACUCUAGCCACUGGCAAAAUGUCCAUUGAUGUUAAGGUUCUGGAUUGUCAUCUUAAAACUGUAUGACAUAAACUGGGUGCAUACAUGUGUUCACAACAUGUGCUCUGUUUAUCACAGCUGACUGCAAAGAUUUCUCAUAACAUUUGCUAAUUAAUUUUCAAUGGAUUGUAUCCAACACUGCCCAUGUACAAGCCAAACAGCCUUCUGCUCACACAAUGUUGGCUUCGGCCCAGUAUUUACUUUGUUCUUUUUUAAUAGAUACAUGGGUGAUCUGUUGCAGCAACCACUGUGUAUUUGUUUCUUAAUGCAUUAAUAGCACAUGAAUUUAGAAAGCUCUUAAUAACCUUUAUUUUGCUUUUCCUUUCACUCUCAAAAAUAGUACUACAAUUUUAUGAAUGCAUUAUCCAAGUGACACUACAUCCUGAACUGAGCAAAGGUAUUGCAAGUCAUAAAAAUUGCCCACUAGCAUCCAAAAGCAAGUAUGGAACUUUAGGGGAAAGGCCACAUCUUGGUGAUAAGGUCAUAUAUUACAUAUACAUGUACAAAACUGCCUAGUUACAGUGCCUUCCUAGUUGCCUUCUUGAAUAGGUCAUGCUUCCAAAACUACAAUGGAUGUGAUCAGUUCUUAAUUUCUAAAAUAUGCUCAAAGCACAUCUCAUCUCUUAGCUGGUAUCCACCUUUUAUAAUAUGGGAAUAAUCUUCAUGCUCGGAGGCAGUCCAAUUAUUUCUAUUUAAAAAACCCUUAGGUAGAAAACUGAUUCUAGAGGUGAGUCCUGACUCCAAUUAAGCUCCGUGUCAGAGAUUAGGGAAAGAGAAGAUCCUAAGUGUGCAAGUAACCAGGUUGGCUGUGUUACCUUCCCCUCCUGUUCCCUGGCACCAAGCUUUCCCCCUCUUGAGUUACAGACUCGCCCUUUAUAAUUAAUGGAUGGUAUUUGAUCAAGUAGCUUUCCGAUUGGUCUAAAAGCAGCUGCCAUGGGCAGCAGAGGGUGUUUCCAUGCCCCUUGGGAAUUGCAUAUCUGUAGUGAGCUUUGUCAUGAGGCUCAUGAAACUCCCUGGAAAGCUUGUGAGUUUCUGUUCCCAGCUAGCUUUUCAAAGUACCACAAGUAACAAAGCAGUCAUCAGGACGCUCAGAUUUCAGACCAGAGCAGUGUGUUGUGUAUAAUGUCUCAAGCUAUUCGGAAUCAUUGUAGCUGUCUGUCACCUAUCUCUUGAACUGCAACUGAACAAUAAAAAAGACAAUGGGGUUUGAUUUGAGGCAGUUGUUCCAUACUCACAAAAAUGGACCCUUAAUUCUUGACUGCUGCAAAAAAUGCCUUCUAAAGCCCUAAGACUGCCCUGGCUCACAGCACAAGGCUAUCUCCUUAUCAAAGGCAGACACGCAGAAUUCAGAUGGCAUAGAUAAAACUGGGACACCUUUAUAACAUGCAGACUUCAGAUGGCAUAGAUAAAACUGGGACACCUUUAUACAGAGGGUUGUGUUGCAGAGAAAGACAAUAGGCAUUUCCCCAUGUUCCCAAUACCAGAUUACUGUAUAUACUGGAUUGUACUCAAGUCAACUUCCAACAUGCAUAUUAAAACUACAUGCAUGAGCUAUGCAGCAAACAAAUAUCUUGGAGAAUGAUGAUUCACACACACUCUUAAUGGGCUUGUACAGUCUUGAGCAAUAAGUGCUUACAUCCCAUGCUGACAAAUCUUUAAAUCAAAGCCACAAUUCAAAUGCUGAGAGCGGUGUCUCCUCAUAGUCCUAAACAAUAAUCUGAGUAGCAACGGUGGGGAGGAGAGGUGGGGAAGCCCCAUUGUACUAGCAAUGGCCCAGUAAGGUUACUCUGCUUGGAUCAGAUCCUUCUGUGUGGUACAAUCAUUUAUACACUGCAAAGCACACACACGCCCUCAUUAAAAUUAGUACUAAUAAAUUGAGUAUUAAUAUUUAGUUUUCAAAAAAUUAUACUGCUUAAAAUAAUAAAACUCUUAAGAGGUUUUCACAAAAACAAUAAGAAUAAGUAUAUUUCCACUAGCUAAUAUUUAUUUAAGAAUUAUAUUAAAUGGUACAGUACUCAGUUUUCAGAUUGCAAGAGAUCUUUUAGAUCUCACAUACCUGAGGCAUGCACUUUCCAUAAAUGUUUUUAUAGUGAGACGUUACAACUUUAUAACAAGUAAUAGACCACUUAAAGCAAACUUACCACAAAGGUGUCACUACUGUCACAAGCUGAAUAAAGGUGAUUAUGGAUAUGAGGGCUGAGCGUAUGAUUAUUAGCUCAGAGGUCUCUCAGAGACAUUUGAGCUGCAUCAUUAUAUCUGACACAUUAUAUCUGAAAAUGCAUCCUGUGGCUGUAGAAGUUGGAUACAAUCCUCCAGAGAGCAGCUGUUAUGUGAGGCUCACUUUAAAAGAGAAAUGCAGUGGGGGGAAAGUCACUUUCAUUUUUUGAAGGAAAAAAGUGACCAAUUAAUACAAUGCAAUGCAAUAAAUAUAUCACAAAAUGGGGUUGCCUUUCCUCUCCUUUCCCUGAGCAGCAACGCCUCCCAAUCUCCCAUCAUCUUUGCCUCUUUGCCAUACUUGCCGAGACUGAUGGCAGUUGUAAUUCAGCAACAGCUGGGGGGCCCAAGGCUUCCCACACCUGGUCUACUGGGGAAAAGAAGCAUAACAAUGUUUGCCUCUCAGUCUUUGGAAACAAUAUGUUGCCUCAGAGAGCCUAGCCCCAUCUUCAGGUGGUGCAAAAUCCUAUUCCUCCAGUUUAGGAUACCACCGCCAAACAGCUCAGAACCCUCCAGCUAUUCAGUAAAGCAAGUUUCUCUUUAUUGCUGUUUUCUGCAUAGCAAGGAACCUGUGUGGUUUGCCUAAGGAUGCAGACAAAUUUACAAAACAGCUGGGUUUUUUCUGUUUACAGAUAAUAGAAAAACUCCUUUGGUUGCCCUAAUAAAGGUAUCACCCUAAUGUGGUCUUGGAACUGGUCCUAUGGUUCAACAGGCCUACCUAUACUUUGCCGGUGGAUAGGGCAGGGAUUUAGAAAUCCAUUGCAACUACCACAGGUGAGUGUGGUGUAGUGUGUUCUCUCUCCUCACGUGUGUGUAUGUGUGUGUGUGUGUGUUGGACUUGGGCAGCACUGCAGAAAGCUGAGUCAGGCUUGGGCAAGUAAUUUGUCAUCUUACCUUUAUAGAAGGUAAGGCAGGCAGAGGGUAGAGUGGUAGAUGGUUGGGUUAUUUGCAGUAGGUCACCAAUAUUUUGGGGGUGGAAUGCAAUGUAGCACUAAGCCAACACUUCAUCAGCCUAAGGAUUUAUGCUUCUGGGGUGGGGGAACCGUUGUCCUUCUCUCCUCCCUCUCCCUACACUCCCCAACAGUUGACUCCAAUUCCCAUCUGCCCCAGCCAGUAUGGUCAGUGGUCAAGCAGUCUGCUUGAUGCUACAGAGAGAGUCUGAAGCUGCAGCAAUGGAAGAAACAGGACCCUCUUGGGAUGUAAAUACUCUGCUCAGAUUGUAUAUACGUAUAAAUAAACCAUAUAUCAUAAAGACACCAAGUCCCUCCUGUGCCUUGUUUCGAAAGGAAACACAGACCCUGGGUAAAUGCCUGGACCCCUGGAAUCUAACACCACUGAGAGGCUGGGGUGGCAUAUAACAAUACUGAAAUUCAACAUGUGAACAGGGAUACUCAAGGCUCUGUUAUUCAUGAAGGAAAGCACUGGAGGUGAGCAUUAAUCUUCACGUUGGAGGCCUUUGGUAUAGGCUUCCUCAAGGAACAUUCCCAUUAAUUUGACGGUCUAGAAAUCUUCAGUAGGAAAGACUGGUUGCUUAUUGUUUAUUUAAUGCAUUUACAAAUAACUAUGCAUCUUAAUAUAUGCAACUCUAAAAUGACUUAUCGCUCAGGGCAGAACUAAAUUGCUUAGUCCCUGUAUUCUCAAAUGCCCUCUGCAUUUGCUAAUUCACUGCCCCUCGGUAAUUCUAAAGUGGUGGCAGAGCUAACAAGAAUAGGGUAAUAUGGGCAGGAAUAUACAUUUGUUAAGAAACCAGAAGCAUUUUUACUUGGCAUUGUAGGUGAUGAGAUUAACAUACAGGAUUGUAAGUUGUUUUUAUAUGAAAUGACGGCAGCAAGAAUAUUAUUGGCACAAAAAUGGAAGCAAGAAGAAUUGCCGACGAAAGAAGAAUGGAGGAUGAAAUUGAUGGACUAUGCAGAACUUGAUAAAUUAACUGGAAGGAUUAGAAACCUGCGGGAUCAGAGAUUCUUAGAAGACAAGUAAAUAUACGAACUAUUUGGAAAGUAAUUGUACUGAACAGAUUACACUAGUAGGACUGCAAGAAGUUUUGUAAGGAGGAUUAUUCGAAAUAUUGCAAGGAAGACUAUGAGGAGAAUUAUUAGUUAAUGACAAUUAAGAGUAAUGGUGAAAUUAAGAAAUACAGAAUAAGUGAUAAAGAACAAAAAAUCAUCAGAGGUGUUGAUGGAAGUCUAAAAUAUUGUAUAAGAUGAAAAGAUAUAUGACUGUUGGAAAUGAUAUGUUAAAAAAACCAAUAAAGUGUGUGUGUGUGCGUGUGGAAUGCUUCACAAGAACUAAGAACUAAGAACUCCACCAGAUGACCUGCUUGUUCAGCCUCCAUCCUGAUUCACUUGCACAAAGCUUGCAUGGAGGUUAGAUGACAUUUGGUCUUUACUGAGUAUUUGUUCUGAUUUGUUUGCUGGGAGGCUAUAUAACAAUGAGCAUCCAUCCUAAUUUGCUUGCCACGUGUUUAUACAUCUUCCAGUUAGUCAUUCAUUCAUCCCACCCUUUUCAAUGCCUUUCCCUGGUCACGUUCCUAACCUCAGGAAAAGGUCAGUGUUAAGUCGCGCUGGAGCGGCACAACACAUUAACCCGCUUUAACUAUGUGCACUUAAAUUUCCCAGGAUGCAUGUGAAUCUCUCCCAUAAAACAGUGGCACUCUGGAGGUGCCCCAUACUGGACUGAACACCUGCCUGAUUAGAUGCAUCCAUAUGUAUAGAUAUUUAUACAUAGGUAUUGAUAUUUAUGCAUAGUUAUAUGUAUUCAUCCAAAUGCUGUAACUGUCAGAGUGGCUAUUUUUGUCUCCUUCAACUCUGAGCCAAGGCUGAUCAGCUUUGCCAGGUGGCGGGGUGACAAGUAAGCCUCUAGCUCUGUGCCUUUAAGUGAAGAGGCAAAGGACUGGGCAGGGCUGAACUGCUGUGAGAUCAUUUUUCCUUUUCCUUCGUGCAAGCUCAGCUGCUGCGUCAGUAGCAGUCCUGUGUGCCAACAGCAUGAGGUGGUAAGGCAGAGUAGUCGGGGAACCCGGAGCAGGAUCUGCCUCCGCCGCCGCCAUGCCACUCCAAGACCUGGAGACACUUUGAAACAGGGGCCUUGUUCCAACCCAGGGAUCUUCUGUCUACUGGUAAGAGAGCUGUAUUGCAAGGACUUGGUGCAACUAGGGGAAACUGGGACAUUUUGCUGCAGUGCUCACUGGAAACAGAGAGGCAGCGAGGGAAGGAGGAACAAGCACUCAAAGACAAGCCACGAGUGUGUGCUAUAUUUUUAAAAUGAGAAACAACAUUACUCUGGUGUGCACAGAAAUGAUACCAUCUACCAUGGACAGCUUCAAGCCUAAUUCAGGAUGCACAGGAUUUUGUUGUGGUUACUUGGUGGCAAGGAAAAAGCACUCUGUGUGGGUUCAGAGGUAUGGCUGUUUUCUCCCAUUCCCUGGCUGAGGCACAGAUAGUCCUGCAAAUGGGUUCUGAUAAAUGAAAGCCUUGAGUGGAGUGAGUUAUUGAUCAGAUGUGAGCUCACGAGCACGCAUGUGAAUAGGUGUCACUCUUGAUAUGAGCUCUAAAGCUCACCGAGGGCUCGCAUGGAGAUGAGAAAUGUGUGCAUGUUUACUUGGAGCAUGUGUGGGUGAUGCUCAGGCAGGAUGUCGAGCAUCUGUGCUCAAACGUAGUAGUUAGAAUUAACUUUCUUUCUUUCUUGGAUUCUUGACUGUUGAAGGCAAAACUGAACAGAACAAAGCCGAAGCUAUUUUGCAUCAGGCAGUGGUGGGUUGUUUAUUAUAAGAAAAUCCCAGACAUCUGGGUACCAGGACAUGAAACAGGGUGAAGCACUGAAGCAAGCCGCAAGGGGACAGAGCAAAUUAAAUUAAUUGCUGAUCACGGCACUUGACAGCCACAAGGCACAUACGGCAGCAAAGCCUUUGAGAAGGCAUUUGCCACCUCAACUCUGCUUUUGUUCCGAUGUGCAUUUUUGAUUCUGGGGGUUCAUGCAUGCAUUUGUAUGGUGUUCCACUAAAUUCAGAAAUGAGCCUGAGUCCCCAUCCCUGGAAAGCUGCCUUGGAAAGGGCAAAUGUUUCGGGAGAGAGAUUAAAUCCCUGAGAGUUUUAUAAAGGAAAGCUGGCAUUUUUAAAAUGCUGCAGUUUGUUCUGCUGGCUGCCGCUUAAGGGUCAGUAAAUCUUCCUCCUGGCUUUUGUCAUAUCUGUGAAUAAUAAAUAAAAGCAGGACGGAAUUAGGAUGGGGAAAUAUAAUGAGUCUGAGGGAUGGGUGCUGUGAGAAAUGAAAUGAGAAUGGCUAGAUUUUCCUGAAGAAGAAAAAUGUGAGGAGAUAAGAAGAAGGAGCUUGAAAAAGCUUUAAAAAGAGGCAAGAAAAUACUUUGGGAAAGAAGGGUGGGGUGUGGAGACCAAUGAGGCCAAGGGUACUUUUGUUUUCUUUUAAUGUACAAAGUGCUUUACAGUCUUUCAGAUUUCAAGAUGACUUUUUCUAUGCUUACUCAGAAGUAAGCCUCAUUGAUUUAAGUAGGAUCUACUUUCUAGUAAGUUUGCAUCCUAGCAGCAACUCUGAGAGAUAGGGUCAUUGUUCCCCCACCCCCAUUUUAAGGACACAGGACUAAGAUUGUGUAAUGACAUGCCAAUGAGUUGUCAAGAGGUGGGAUCUGAACCCUGAUCCAAAAGCAGAUUUUUUUUGCAUCUGUUUAGAAACAGAGAUUUAUGGUCAGUGUGACUGCUGAGCAGCAGAAUAAGGCUGUAAGGAACACCAAAACGCCCCUGAGCACUUUUCCAUCUCUUUCUGUCUCUGGUACUAAAAGUUCUUGUUUUGGGUGUACCGGAGUUCCACUGUGGAUCAGGCACAGCUAUGGCUGUUAAGGCAAGGGAACAAUUUCAUCACUACUUGGAGAUCUUGCAAAACUGGGCAUGAGGUUACUGUGAGGCUGUUCUAUUAGGCAAGCCCCUAGAUCCCCUCUUGCAAAGAGCCUCCAGGUGACACGUAUUCAUCUAUCCUGCAAGCUCUUCUUCAUUUAUACUCCUGUUGGCAUACACAUAACAUUGAAAUGUUGGUUGUUGCUUUUAAAUGACAAUAUUACUAUGCAUUCACCCAAUGUCCAUCUUUGCUUCCUGCUAGUGCCACUUGAAACUAACUAAAACAUCACAAAAAACAACAGCAACAAUCUUGCUGUACCUGAAAAGCUAGUCAGUUUAUUGUGACUUAAGCAAAUGUGUUGUAUCUAGUCCACAAGUGCUUCUGCCAGAAUAAAUGCAUUAGUCUUUCAGAUGCUACAAGACUGUUGCUUUUGCUGCAUCAAACUAUUAAUCCUCAGAUGGAUCCCUUGAAAAUAUACAAUCCUGACAGACUCUGCCUUUGGAAGCUGUUAACAAAAUAACUAGCAGGCCUUGGGGUUCAUCACAAGUCUUCAUCAGAUAGGACGUUAAGCAAAACAGCAAAAAGGCAGAAGAUAGGAGAUGUUGGGGCCGGCGCUACCAUUAGGUAGAGUGAGGCUGCCAUUUCAUAUGGCAAAUGCUGGUGUGCAGUGAGGUGCUGGAGGACUGGUCUAUCUGUGCACCCUUUAGGCAAGCCUGAUGCCCUUAGAUGCAGUGGAGGAUGGCCCAUCACCAGUGCUGACAUGAGAUUCAACUCCCAGUCUUGUCAGCUUCUGUAAAUGGAAUGAAAGAGGCUGCCAUCUCACCCUUUGCCUUAGACAGUGGAAUGUCUUGACCCAGCCCUGGGAGAAGCUGUUCUCUCUACAUCAAAAGAUCAAGAAGCACAGCCUGCUUUUUUGCAUUAUACUGAGGCAGUAGUACGUGCUGUUAAUACGCCUGUGUGUCUAGGCACCCUGGGCCUCCUGCUUUCACAAUCCAUGCAGCCCAGCAUGUGAAAUCAAAUGAUGAGUCCCCCUUCCUUUCUUGUGUAUGCAAAGGGGAGGAGGUGUGUUGCUCGCUCCUGCAGGAUUGAGACAGGAGAUUGCAUUACUGUGCCAGACCUCAGAGGAAUUAAAUAUAAGCCCUGCAGUUCAAUCCAGGAUACGUUGCUUUCAGCUUCUGGGAAAGCCUGAAGCAAGGCACAUUUGAGACAAGGCAAACUUGGUGUCACAAAGUGAAUCCUGCAAGGCAGCUCAAUUUGGUUUGGGACUCUGUAUUUAAUAAUUUUGUUGUCUCUUUCAUCACAAAAAAAUAGAUAAUUCCUUCCUUCCUUCCUUCCUUCCUUCCUUCCUUCCUUCCUUCCUUCCCACCCCUCUCUUGCCUGGCAGAUAAUUCUACUAUUUCACUGCAGUACACCUUACUGUCCUCUCAAACCACUCUGGGGAAAUGUCAAAAUGGCUUUCCACAUUUUGAUGUGGCUCACCAUAUUUGACAUCUAAAAGAGCCCUUCAGCUAUGAGGUCCAGAGUUAUUGUGCAAUUUCAGCACAGUAAAGGGUCACUGGAUUCUGUUUCUAAGUCAAUCCUUCUUACCAGGGAACUCUGGGAACUGUUGCUCUGUGAGUGGAAUAAAUGUCUCCUAACUGCUCUCAGCAUCCUUAAUAAACUACAGCUCCCAAGGUUCUUUGGGGGACACCGUGACUGUUUAAAGUGGUAUCAUAGUACUUCAUAUGUAUGGUGUGAAUGUGACCUAGGUGAAGCUUGGAUCAGGUCCAGCGUGGGUUUCCUUAUGUUUUAAACAAGAGAAUGAUAACCUGUUGAAGAUGAUGAACCUUAUAGUCCAGUAGAAGGGAAUCUCUAGCCUAUGGUUCUAAGUUGGCCUAGCACAAGUCCCAAUUUGGUCCACAAAGCUGUUUUCCCCAAACCACACCCACCUGUUCCAUACCUGAUGUCAUGUGUGAUGUUGUCAUAAGGAUGUGGCUACAAAGGAACAGUUGGGGAGUUUAAAGUGAGCUCCUAAUUCUGCCUUUGCAGGUGUGGCUCGUAGACCGGCUGGGAUCAGUGUCACAAACAAAAUCAGUAUACUCCAACAACAUCCUCAGGGCCACAGGUUACUCAUUCCUGUUCUAGAUACUUGCACAUUUAUUACACCCAAUGCUAUUUUUCUAGAAAAACAGGUACGGAACUUGCCAUGAACAUGUCCUUUGUACUCUUAUAACAGCAAUGUUGCCCACCUGAGAGGUGCCAGCAAGUUCCGGCCGGAAAAAAGCACUGAUUACAGCUACUUAUGUGACCACAUCAGCCUAACAAUUCCCUGCACUCCAGUCAUUAUGUAUUGCUACAGACUCUUUUGCUAGCUGUUAAAUCUUGUAUUUGUUUAUUCCACAAUAGCUGCUAUUUUUGUCCUGCAAUAAAUUCUGAAGCAGAGCAUGUUAGUAUACUGAUCAUCCCCUUAGGAAUGUUUAAUAGUUUGCUCUUACAAUGGUUGCGUUGAUUACACUGUAAUUGCUGCAAAAUGGCCACUAUAAUAAUACUUAGACACAUUCAGAAACAUAUUUGAGCUUUGGUUAUUGGGGGAGAGAGGAAAUGGAAGCAUUUUCCUGUUUAUGCCCAUGUACAUGCACGAGAACUGGUGUGGGGAACCUUUGGCCCUCCAGUUGUUUCUGAAAUACAUUUCCCACCAUCCCUGGCCAUUAGCCAUGCUUGCUAGGGCAGAUGGGAGUCCUAGAUCAGCAACAAUUGGAGAGCCAAAUGUUCCCCCCACCAACCUUCGCUAGAGAUGGGCUCUCCUGCUUCCCUCAUUUGAUUUGCAGAGAACAGGGAGAGGGAAGAAGAGUUUGGAUUUGAUAUCCCGCUUUAUCACUACCCAAAGGAGUCUCAAAGCGGCUAACGUUCUCCUUUCCCUUCCUCCCCCACAACAAACACUCUGUGAGGUGAGUGGGGCUGAGAGACUUCAGAGAAGCGUGACUAGCCCAAGGUCACCCAGCAGGUGCAUGUGGAGAAGCGGAGACGCGAACCCGGUUCCCCAGAUUAUGAAUCUACUGCUCUUAACCACUAGGCAAGACCACUCUAGUGCCUAUGGGUACAAACUAAUAACAUCUAAAAAGUAUCUCCAACAUCUCCCCAAAUGUAAAGUUAGAGACAAAAUAGUCUCACUGUUGUACCAGGAACAGGUACCAGAUAACAGGGAGCAUCCUUGGCAAGCUGACCCAACCCAAGGCAUUUUGCUGCCUGAGGCAAGAACAAGGUACAGUGGUACCUCGGGUUACAGACGCUUCAGGUUACAGACUCCGCUAACCCAGAAAUAGUACCUCGGGUUAAGAACUUUGCUUCAGGAUGAGAACAGAAAUCGCGUGGCGGCGGCAGCGGGAGGCCCCAUUAGCUAAAGUGGUACCUCAGGUUAAGAACAGUUUCAGGUUAAGAACAGACAUCAGAACGAAUUAAGUUCUUAACCCAAGGUACCACUGUAGCACCUCCUGUUUCAUGUACAGAAGCUGAUGAGAGUGGCAUUUGAAUCUCAGUUCAACACCAGCAAUGGGGCACCACACUAGGAAGCCUCCUUAGUGCCUUACACUGAAUCAGAUCAUUGUUUCAUCUAACUCAGUAUUGUCUACACUGACAAAAAUAUACACGUGCCAGAUCCCUGACCAGGGUAAAAAACUGAAACCUUACACUAAUAAAGCUGUCUUGUUCAGAAAUCGCACUAUGUUGGCCUCAGGGCAAAGGCUGGGAUUCACCAUCUUUUCAGCGUUAAUCUCUUUGGACUUCGUCCAUCUUCACAAAGGUUUUCAUCCCCCACUAGCUAUUUUGGAUCCUUUUCACAGCACUAUGCCCUAAGGCCCGCUACUGUGUGUGUCAGCUUCUGUCUCACAGCAAAGCAGCCCAUUCCUGAUAGCAAGUGUCAGUGUACAAGAGAACGUACUUGGGGAAAACACACAUGCAAAUGGCACAGAGAAGCCUUAGGCAACAUAACCACAUGCUUAGUAACAUGAAUGAUGCAUCAAUAAACUGCACAAGGGAGGUGAUUAGAUUGAGAAGAGCGGGAGAGAGAGCUCAGGGUUUUGAAAAGGGACUGAACGGUGCAAAACUAAGAGCACCAGAACUUCCAAGAACCAGACUUGGACAUGUAAUUGGUGAGCUUGCUGCUAAUGCAUGAAAAAGCUGAGUCAACUGUCUAGUCCAAUUCCCUCCAGGUUGCCUAGGCAAGACGGACUGCUUUGCCUGGAUCGCCUUUGUGAUGUGGAAUGCCGCUAGGCUGAUGAGAUGCAAAAGGAGCACAGGGCUCCUGUACCUUCACGCAUUGCAUUUUAGAAGGAAUUUUUGGCAAGUGUAGUCCUCCUUGCUCAUGCAGCACUGUGAAAUGAUAGUAAAAUCCAUUUAUCCAAACAACUGCUAAAGGCACGGGAGCCCUAUUACUCCAGUAAACACAGUAGCAGUGGGUCUGGUGGUGGAUCUUAAUAACCAUACAUUUUUAUAUAUGGCUGAUAUUCAGAGAGAGUUUAUUGAUUCAUUUCAUAAAAUAUAUACACUGCUUGAUUGUAAAAACAAACAAACAAACAAACAAACAAACCUCAAAGCAGUUUACAAAGCAAAUAAAACAUUAAAGUUAUCGAUGAAAAGCAUAAAACUAUUUAAAACAAAAUAAAAAUAAAAACCAGUAAUAAUCUGAAAACAGAUGAAAACACAAAGCAACAUUCUACAGAUCUGUUGUGGAUCGAGAGUGCCGUUAUGCUUAAAUCCCACAGAACUGAGGAGCUUCUGAACCACCAAAAUGUCUUACAGGAUUGUGGUGUGAGAGAGUUGCAAAUGUAUCCACUUAAAAAACAACAUGAUAAUGAAAUGUAGCUUAAAUGAAUGUGCUUUUCAUGGAUUUAACACAUUCAUUUCACAAUUAAACAAAUACAAGUGUAAGCCUGAGAAACAUUUUGUGGUGGAAGGAAGCACUCACUCACUUGCUGGAUCAGAUUUUUUUUUGUUUUUAAGAGGGACAACAGAUCCCUCUGAUUUUUAAAAAAGCCCAUAGGAUUUUCCUGAAUAUUCUUCCAUCUCUAGCAACCUUGUUCCUUUACAAAUGGUGUGGUGCGUGAUGAUAAGAUGCAGGGUUUAAGCAACUAAAACAUUUGUCCUUAGAAGCCUCUUAACAGUUGUUGUAAUGACAUUUACAGUAAUGGCAAAGACCAUUGGUGAUUGCAAGGUUAAAUCCCCCCAGACCAGAUGAAUGUAAAGAACAUACGGUUAUCAAAUGGCUACUAUCCAAGAAGCUCAGCAUAUACAUAGUCUUGCCAGGAGCAUUACAGUUUUGGAAUCCUCUAAUGGCUAUUAUUCUGAGUACUGCAGAUGAAAUGUUUAUCAGCUCUGGGCUGCAAUAGAAUUUCAUUUUCAUCAAUCACUUCCAGAUCACAGGCAACUGAGGUCCAGAUCCUAGGAAUAUCCAUUACUGAUGACAGUGUGAAAUAAACUGUGGUAUAAACCUGGAUUGUUACUGCAUGUCCUCGUCCACACAUGUCUGUGAUUACAUGUGCGCAGCCGGAACACAUGUUUGGGUUUUUAGCUAGUUUGAGUCACAGCAUGCCAUGGGGCAAUACAAGGGUGAGUUAGGAAUAAACCUGAUGUUGGAUUUGAAGAAUAUGUGGUUUAUUAUAAAGAGAGGAGGAUUGACUAUUGACAUAGAUAGCAUGGAGCAACCUGAAUCUAGACACUGGCAGCUUAGAGGAGAAAACUCUUAAAGGUUUGAUCAUCUAAGGAAGAACAUUUCUUGGGACAGAGGGAAGGGGGGAGAGGAAGGUAUUUUGAGCUUUUGCUGAAUCAAAGUUUGCUUUACAUGGAUAGUAGGGUACAAAGGCAUUUUCCGAUGCAUAAUUUGGGUGGAGGUUUCCAUCCUUGAUGGAUGGUGAACACUGAUGACUGACUAUGCAUAUACCUGUAGACAUCCCAGUAUUCCAGGUACAGAGCUAGGAUUAACUUAUUUCAUUGACUCCAACAAGAUUUAGUGGUGGUGCUGUGGCCAAAACACAGAGCCUAGGGGCUUGCCAAUCAGAAGGUCGGCGGUUUGUAUCCCCGCAACGGGGUGAGUUCCCAUUGCUUGGUCCCUGCUCCUGCCAACCUAGCAGUUUGAAAGCAUGUCAAAGUGCAAGUAGAUAAAUAGGUACCACUCUGGCAGGAAGGUAAACAGCGUUUCUGUGCACUGCUCUGGUUCGCCAGAAGCAGCUUAGUCAUGCUGGCCACAUGAUCCGGAAGCUGUGCAACGGCUCCCUCAGCCAAUAAAGUGAGAUGAGCGCCGCAACCCCAGAGUCAUCUGCGACUGGACCUAACGGUCAGGGGUCCCUUUACCUUUACCUUUAACCUUUGCUGCACAGGAGCCAUUAUUUCCAGAUAAGAUAUAUUGCAUUCAACCCAAUAGGUUUUUCAAGCAAGGCGAUUUCUUCUGGAGGAAAACAACACCACAGUGUGACAAUUUCCAGAGGUCACAAUGGGAGAAUGAAUAUAGCAAAAGUGGGGCUCCUUCACACUUUUAUGCAGAGUGUUGAAUCCUAGAACCCACCUUAGACACAGACUUAUGCAGUGGCUUUGGAGGAAAUACUUAUUCCUCAGGGAUCUUCUGCACAAUCGUUUUUAUGCAGUAUAAGAUAUGUGCUUCCCAAAUCUAGCACACAAUCUACAUAUCUGCCCUAAAGGUAGUGCUUGUGUUGUGGUGUUACAUUGUUUUUCUGAGCAUCUGAAGUAUGCUGCUUUGUGCCUGAGAAAAUGCAGUGCAUUUAUUAUUACAUUUAUACCUCUUCUCCAAGGAGCUCAAUACAGUGUGUACAUGGUUAUCACCCUCAAACCCUGAUAGCAUGUCUGAUGCUAUUGCUGCGUGGAAUGUUGUUAUGUGAGUGUUAUGGAUGUGUUUGCCAUUGUUUGUGAUGUCAUUUGCAACAGAACUCUCUCCCUUCCACCUGGAUCUGUUCCGCUUUGUGUGCCUGUUCUUAAGUUUUAUUUUAUUUGCUUUCCAAAAGAGAGAGAGGGUGAACAAUCUACUGUAUGAGUCUUCUGCAUGAGGCUACAUCUAGCCAGAUUUGUAAGAAAAGCUGAAUAGUGGCACAGAUAUCCUGGUUCCUUAAAAGUAUCACCCUGUCUCUUACGUGCUACCAAUGGAAGCCUUAGAACAGUGUUAGUGCUCUGCAGAUGUUGAUGCUGUUAGUUGUGGUGCUCUCUAGGUGUUGGGGACUACAAUUUCUAUAAGCCUCAGCCAGUCUGGCCGAAGGAUAGAGAUAGUGGGAGUUGUGGUUCGAUAACACCUGGAGGGGUAUCACAUUGGCUACCCUGGCUUAGCACAUGGUGGGAAACCUUUUCCCUAUCAAAGAGAUGUGAUUUUUAAAAAGGAGUGUGUGGAAAUGGGUUCUGCGUAUCAGAUUUUAAACAUUAUUUUUUUCCUUCAAAGAGCUAAGAGGCAGUAUACACUGCUCUUUCUCCCCUCACCCCAAACCACAUUUAUUCUCACGACAACCUUGUGAGCUUAGGCUAGGCUGAGAGACAGAUUGACCCGAGGUCACCUGGUAAGCUUUGUGGCUGAGCACUGAUUUCAACUCAGGUUUCCGCCACCUAAAUCUGAGAUUGUAACCACUAUACCCCACCAGCUCUCAUGGAUAGGCUAUUUAAUUUAUUUAUUUUUAAGCACUGGUCCCAGUCAAUAGGUGGGAUGCUCUUUCAGAUAAUACCUCUUAUUAUCAUUAUCAUUAUUAUCAAGUUCAAAUUACUGGGGGAGGAGAGAACCAAUAAAUUUAAAAUACUGUGGUACACUUUUGUACAUGAAAAGUGUUAUGUAAAUUAUUAAGAGUAAUGAUUACAAAGCACCUUGGGAAAAUAAGCAUGGGAAAAUAAGAAGAGAAACUAACAUUAAUUUAACCUACUUUUGUCGGCCAGUGUGCUCCUAGGGUGCUACUUGCAAUUCCUGACAUGGUCUAUAAUUUGUUGCUUGAGCUGUUUCAAGGUCAGCGUCAGCUCACAGCUGUCACAUUGCACAAAGAUCGCAUGUUCAGGGGCUUUCUUCAAGGUUCAUAUCCUUUUCUGUCCUUUCUCUCUGGAUAGCCAUCUCCUUGGGGAAGACAGAUUGGCUUUGCAAUGGGAAAGAAUGAGCUUAUGCAUGGAGAUGAUGAUUUCUCAUGGCAAAGCAUUGCAUUUGCCUUUCGCCGUCAUGCAGGGGAAAGGACUGCAUGUUCUACAGACUUUUACCUCUUCCCAGAAGUCAGCUGCUUCGUUCCAUUAAAUGCACACCCAUAAUUUUGAUACCCCAGUGUACCUUGUUUGCCUAAGAGCCCAUUUUUGAGAGGAUACAAAAAAACGCCUCCUAGGUACAUUAGGAGGAGAAAGGUUCAGCAUUUAAAGAGGGGUCACCAGCAAGGGUCAAAUUUAUUUCCAGAGACGCAGUCCCCGCCCACUUCUCAUCCUUUCUUGAAAUGCCAAUAAUAAGCAAAAGCGGCAUCAAGCUGGGAUAAAGUAUGAACAUGGACUUCAAAACGAAAUUCUGCCAGGAAACUGCUGAAUUACAAUUUAUCAGGCAAUUAAUUCAAGCCACGUGCGGCUUGAAUCCAGAUUGUUUUUUGUUUUUUUUAAAGAAUAUUUAUUCCAAUUUUAAAAUUACAUAGGAAGAAAAAAGCAAAAAAAAAAGAAAAACAGAUCACAUACACCCUACAAGAAAAAAAUGAACAACACACGAUACAGAAAAAAAUACAAAAGACAAAAAAUCACAAUACAAAAAUAACAAAAAAUCAAAUUUAACCAUUAAGAUCAUUUUCCCAUUUACUUAUUUCCAAGACUUCCUCUCACUUCUCUGCUUUGUAUUCUAAUUUAAAUCGUAUCUCCAGCAAACCCUUCUAACCUUCUUUUCAUUUACUUAAUUUAACAUUCAAAAAUAUUCUCCUCUAUUUUUAUUUUACACUACAUAUUUACUUAUUCCAUUAUACUCUGUCUGCCAAUACGGUCUAAUGUUCUUCUCCAACCUUUUCUAACAUUCUUUUAUAUUACAGUAUUUCUGAAGAUAUGUUUUAAAUUUUUUCCAAUCUUCUUCCAUCGACCCUUCUUCUUGAUCUCGUAUUCUGCCGGUCAUCUCAGCCAGUUCCAUAUAGUCUAUCACUUUUCUCUGCCAUUCUUCUCGGGUAGGCAAUUCUUGUGUCUUCCAGUAUUUCCCAAUGAGUAUUCUUGCCGCUGCUGUCGCAUACAUAAAGAAAUUCCUGUCUUCCCUUCGCACCAAUUGGCCGACCAUGCCCAAGAGGAAGGCCUCUGGUUUCUUCAAGAAAGUAUAUUUCAAUACCUUUUUAGUUCAUUAUAUAUCAUUUCCCAGAAGGCCUUGAUCUUUGGGCACGUCCACCAAAGGUGGAAAAAGUACCUUCAUUUUCUUUACAUUUCCAACAUUUAUUAUCAGGCAGAUGAUAGAUUUUUGCUAGCUUGACUGGGGUUAAGUACCACCUGUAUAUCAUUUUCAUUAUGUUUUCUCUUAAGGCGUUACAGGCCGUAAAUUUCAUACCUGUGGUCCAUAACCGUUCCCAGUCAGCAAACAUAAUAUUAUGCCCCACAUCUUGCGCCCAUUUAAUCAUAGCAGAUUUAACCGUUUCAUCCUGUGUAUUCCAUUUCAACAGCAGAUUAUACAUUCUUGACAAAUUUUUAGUUUUAGGUUCUAACAAUUCCGUUUCCAGUUUAGAUUUUUCCUCCUGGAAACCUAUCUUUUUAUCUAAGUUAAAAACCUCCCUUAUUUGAUAAUAAUGCAGCCAAUCUCGAACUUUAGUUUUUAAUUUGUCGAAGCUCUGCAAUUUUAAUUUAUCUCCAACUUGUUCUAAAAUUUCGCAAUAUUUUGGCCAAUUUGUCUCCAUGUUUGUUUUUUUCAAAGCCUUAGCCUCCAUUGGUGACAGCCACCUUGGUGUUUUGCUUUCCAACAAAUCCUUAUAUCUCACCCAAACAUUGAAUAAUGCUUUCCUGACAAUAUGAUUCUUGAAGGCCUUAUGCGCUUUAACUUUGUCAUACCAUAAAUAUGCAUGCCACCUGUGAUGGGAUGAUGAGCUGCUUGUGCGUAAAAUCGUAUCCCCUCAGAGUUUGUUCAAGUCCACAAACCUCUGUCUGUGACAGAGCCCCUCAGACAUGGCUACUCUAGUCACUAGCAGAUUCCGACAGUGGUUGCUUUCGUAAUCGCUUCCAACAUAAAAGCUCCUUAACGGAAACACGUCUUCUGGAAUCUCUGCGUGACAGUUUCCGGCGAGGAGUGGGUGUUCUUACAGGAGGUCCUGAAACCUCUCCACUGUUUUCGCUGGAAGUGUCUCUGAGCCAUCCCUCCAGCUCAGCUCCUCUCCCCUGCUGGUUCCCUCAUCAGCUGCUGCGUCUCUCCCAACCUGUGUGAGCCCUUUCACCUCCCUGUUGGUUUCCUCUUCAGCUGCUGCGUCUCUCCCAACCUGUGUGAGCCCUUUCACCUCCCUUCCGUCCGAUGGCAGUUCCCUGACAUCCACCUCCCCUCCAGGGCCCCCUUCACCCCCUCUCGCCCUCCUCUACGGGCGGUGAGGAGGCAAAACCCCGGAAUGAACUUCCUUCAUCUUCCGAUGUCUCGAACACUUCUCUCAACCUGUUGCGGUUCCUGGUCUCGAAGUACACCUCCUCCUCAGAGUCCAUCUCCCUUCCCCUUCCGAGUCCGGGAAUCCUUCCAACUCCUCCCCUUCAUCAGUGGUCCCAAAGUAUUCCCUCCGGAACCUCUCUACAGGCUGAGGUUUCCUUGGGAACCUUUGAUGGAACGUUUCUAUCAAUACCUCGUCAUUGAUAUCUUCAGCCAUUACCCAAGUGUUUUCUGACUCCGGUUCUCCUUCCCACGCUACCAAAUACUCCACCUGAUCCCCCUUCCACCUGGCGUCGAGGAUUUCUGCCACAUGGCUGCUGCAUUCUCUUUCUUCUACGACCGGUCCCCGAGUGGCCAGCCCUUCUCGUCCCCUUCGUACGGUGACAGUAACGACCUGUGAAAUACUGGGUGCAGUUUCAUGUGGUUGGGUAACCGGAGCCUGAAAGCCACUGGGUUGACCUGUUGAAUGACCUCAAAGGGACCCAACCUCCUGGGUCUUAAUUUCUUACAACCUCCUUUGAACGGCAACCCUUGGGUUGACAGCCACACCCUAUCUCCCACCCUUAUGGUUUCACCUUCCCUUCGGUUCUUGUCUGCCUGCCUCUUGUAUUCUUCCUUCGCCCUUUCUAAGUUGAGUUGGAGCUGACGAUGGAUUGCUUCCAUUUCUUCCACAAAAUGCUCGGCUGCCGGGACGCUCCAUCUCUCCCCUCUCCCCUGGGAAAGCCCUGGGAUGACACCCAUAAUUAGCCAAGAAGGGGCUCAUCCCUGUGGACACAUUCUCGGCAUUGUUGUAGGCAAAUUCCGCCAGCGCCAACUUUUCUACCCAGUCAUUCUCUCUGUCAUUGACAUAACACCUCAGGUAUUGCUGGAGGACACCGUUUGCUCUUUCCGCCUGCCCGUUGGUUUCAGGGUGCCGGGCAGUCGAAAAAUUGACCUCCACCUGCAGUAAGCUCAUGAGCUUCCUCCAGAACCUGGAAGUAAAUUGUUUUCCUCGGUCUGAGACCACCCUCAAUGGCACCCCGUGCAACCUAAAAAUGUUUUCUACAAAUAACUUCGCUGUCUCUUCCGCCGUGACUGCAUGCGAGCAAGCUACAAAGUGGCACAUCUUUGUUAGUAGGUCUACCACCACCAUGAUGGCUGUUUUCCCUUUGGACUUCGGCAGAUCAGUCAUAAAAUCUAUCGACACUGCCUCCCAAGGUCGUUCUGGGGUUGGUAAGGGUUCUAACAGCCCCGCCGGCGCCCGCCUUUCCCCUUUGGCUCGCUGGCAUUGCUCGCACCCUCUUACAUACUCACGUACAUCUUCCCUCACCUUAGGCCACCAAAAUUCCCUGGUGACCAACCACAUGGUUUUGUGUUGUCCAAAAUGCCCCGCCGUAGGGCUGUCGUGCAACUGCUUGAGUACCCUCCCCUUAACUCUCCUUCAGGGAUAUACAGUGCCCCUUUGUAAUACAAAGCUCCAUUUCUUUCCUCGAAACCCCUGGUUCCUCUCCAUCACCCCUAAGACCUCUGAGCUUAUUCUGGGCGUAUUCAUCAUUCUCUGUUUCCUCUACCAGUUCUCUUUGUCCCACCAAUGCCGCCCCACACACCCAGCGGUCUUCUGGAAUGACAUGUCUCUCUUCGGGUGCCCCUCCCCUCCAAAUAUUCAGGUUUGCGUGAGAGAGCGUCCGCCCUAAUGUUCUCUGGGCCUGGCACGUAACUAAUCUCAAAGUUAAAUUUGGAGAACUCCUGGGCCCAUCUCACUUGCCGUUGGUUGAGCACUCGUGCCGUCCUCCAAUACUCUAGGUUCUUGUGGUCAGUGCACACUUGCACCUUAUGUUGUGCGCCAAUUAGCAGGUGCCUCCAUCUCCGGAACGCCUCAUGAAUGGCUAGUAGUUCUCGGUCAUACACCGUGUAGUUCCUCUCGGAUUUGUUCAGCUUUCGCGAAAAAAGGCACACGGUCUCCACUCUGACCCCUUCUUGCCUGGCUGCAGAAGCACCGCCCCAAUCGCUCUGUCUGAUGCGUCAGUUUCCACUCUCAUCGGUUUUUGUAAAUCCACAUGCAGGAGUUGUUGUUCCGAGGCGAAGGCCCUUUUAGUUCCUCAAAUGCUCGCUCCGCCUCCUCAGUCCACACGAACUUCUUCUUACUGCUGAGACAGUCCGUAAUGGGCGCCGUCAGGUGGGCAAAGUUUCGGAUGAACUUACGAUAGAAGUUCCCAAAUCCUAGGAACCUCUGCACAUCCUUCUUUGUUUUGGGUGCUUUCCAUUCCAGCACAGCCUGGACCUUGCCGGGAUCCAUGGCCAAUCCCUUGUCUGACAGGCGAUACCCCAGGAAUUCCACCUCCUUGGUAUGAAACUGACACUUCUCCAGUUUCACCCACAGCUGGUUGGCUUGCAGCCUGCUCAACACUUCUCUGACGUCUCUCACAUGCUGCUCCUCAUUCUCAGAAUACACCAACACGUCGUCUAAAAGGCCACACAAUUCUUGUAAAGCAAAGGCCCCAGGACGUGGUUCAUAAACGAUUGAAAGGUUGCGGAGCCUGCUUGGAGGCCGAAGGGCAUAACCAAAUAUUCAAAUGCCCCUAAAGGGGUGAACAUAGUGGUUUUCCAUUCACCCCCCUUCCUUAUUCGUACCAGGUUGUACGCCCCCCUUAGGUCCAGCUUUGUAAAAAUCUUUCCCUUCCGCACCCUUGUCAAAAUGUCGUCAAUCCUGGGCAUAGGGAAGGCUACUGGUUCUGACACUGCAUUUAAGGCCCUGAAGUCACACACCAGCCUCGGCUUGUUCGUGUUUUUCUUAUCCACAAAAACACUGGGCUGCUCCCCACCGCCCUGGACUCUCUGAUGAACCCUCUCUUCAGGUUCUUGUCAAUGAACUCUCUUAACUCCUGCAUCUCUCUGUCUGACAUGGCGUACAGCUUGCCUACAGGGAGCUGUGCUCCAGGGAGUAAGUUGAUUUGACAGUCAAAGGGUCUAUGCGGGGGUAGUUGGUCAGCUUCCCUUUCGCUGAAGACGUCACGGAGAUCUGCAUAUUGUCGUGGUACCUUCACGUUCUCUGUUACUUCAGUCCCUGCUAGGGUGGCUUGGACCCCUGCCAAACCCUUUCCCUCUUUGCAGUGUUCUAAGCAAUGUGCUGAACCAAAAGAAACCACUCUCUGAUGCCAGCCCACCAGCGGAUCAUGUAACGCUAGCCAGCUCAUCCCCAAUAUAAUGGGAGCUCCUCCCAAGGUGGCCACAUUAAAAGCUAUCAGUUCGGUGUGCCUUGCUACCUUCAUUAUCAUUGGGACGGUCUGCAAGCUGACUUCUCCACCCAACAGCUCCCUGCCAUCGAUCGUGGUCACCUGCAGGGGGCUGCUUAAAGGGAUUGUCUGUAUCUGGUGUUCAGCUGCAAACUCUUUGCUCAUGAAAUUGCAGGAGCUGCCUGAGUCCAACAGCGCCUUUAUCUUUAGAGGGUGUCCGUUUGGCAGCUCUAGCGUCACUUCUAUCACUAGGGCGGGUUUAGGAGGUUCUGGCGUGGGCACUCUCACUGCUCUUUGGCCUGGCUGCUGUGCCCUGACAGUGGCAGCCAGGCGUUGGCUUUUACUUGCUCCGGUAUAUUUUCCUCUCUUCCAUCCACAGCCCCUACCAUCCCUUGCCAUUCUUUCCUCUGGGGGCAGACUCUGGCAAAGUGACCUGGCUGUUGGCAGAGAUAGCAUUUCCGGGCGCCUUUUCCCUCCUUCUUUGCCCCCUCACUGGGCUUUGAAACUGCGCGCGCGCGCUGUUCCGAUUUCCAUCGGCUCUGCCGGUGGGAAAGUUGGCUCUGGAAUGUCUGGAAUGCAGAACUCCUUCCAACGUUCCCCUUCCCUUCCCGCCUCUCCAAUGCUCUCGCCUCCUGGCGCGCUCCUAUGGCCAGUGCUGAUUUGGUCAGCUGGUCCAUAGACUCCGCCCUGGGCGCCCGGGAAAGUUCGUCUUUCACAGCCGAAGAAAGCCCUUCUUCAAAGAGCAUUUGAAUGGGUUCCGCCGAUAAGUCCCACCCCAAUCUGUGAACAAGCAUGGUGAACUCAGUCCAGUACUCACGGACAGAUCGGCUCCCCUGUUUGCAACCCAUUAACUGUCUGCGCACCACUCCCUUUUCAAUAUCGCGGAAAACAUCAGAUCCAUGGCGCGAAAGAACUUCAUCGUGUCUUUUAAGACGUCACUAUUCGCUGCCAUCAGGGGUCUAACCCAGUCUCUCGCCCCUUUUCAAGAUGCUCAAUCACGAAAGCCACUCGUGAUUCCUCGUCAGGGAAUUCAUCAAACUGCAGAUUGAGGGCAUAUUGCAUUUCUGUCCGAAAACCAUGAUAGUUUUUGGGCUCCCCAAACUUCUGCACCAAUCCUGGUACCUUUCUGGCGAACUGGGUGGCUUUCCCCUUUUGUCUGCAUCCUGAGCCCUCCUCUCCUCAAGCCUCGCCGUCUGCAUCGCUAGCUGGACCUCCAACAUCUGGUACCUUUCUUCCAGGCUUGGACCCGCUCCAGCUCCUGCUUCUCCGGUUCCGGCUGGGUUGCUCAUGAUACCUUCUCCUGCACAAGCUGCUUUCAAAGACUGUCGGAAUGCUGUGAUGGGAUGAUGAGCUGCUUGUGCGUAAAAUCGUAUCCCCUCAGACAUGGCUACUCUAGUCACUAGCAGAUUCCGACAGUGGUUGCUUUCGUAAUCGCUUCCAACAUAAAAGCUCCUUAACGGAAACACGUCUUCUGGAAUCUCUGCGUGACAGUUUCCGGCGAGGAGUGGGUGUUCUUACAGGAGGUCCUGAAACCUCUCCACUGUUUUCGCUGGAAGUGUCUCUGAGCCAUCCCUCCAGCUCAGCUCCCUCCCCCUGCUGGUUCCCUCAUCAGCUGCUGCGUCUCUCCCAACCUGUGUGAGCCCUUUCACCUCCCUGUUGGUUUCCUCUUCAGCUGCUGCGUCUCUCCCAACCUGUGUGAGCCCUUUCACCUCCCUUCCGUCCGAUGGCAGUUCCCUGACACCACCCAAACACAUUAUCGAAACCUUCUAAAUCUAAAAUGUCCACAUUUUCAAGAAGUAGCCAAUCUUUCAGCCAACAAAAAGCGGCUGAUUCAUAGUAAAGUUUAAGAUCUGGCAGGGCAAAUCCCCCUCUUUCCUUUGCAUCUGUUAAUAUCUUGAAUUUUAUUCUGGGCUUUUUGCCCUGCCAGAUAAAUUUAGAAAUAUCUCUUUGCCACCUCUUGAAACAGUCCAUUUUAUCCACAAUUUGUAGUGUUUGAAACAAAAACAACAUUCUAGGCAAUACAUUCAUCUUUAUCGCAGCAAUUCGGCCAAGCAAUGAUAACUUCAAUUUUGACCAUAUUUCUAAAUCCUUCUUCACCUCUGACCAACAUUUUUCAUAAUUAUCUUUAAACAGAUUCACAUUUUUGGCAGUCAUAUUCACCCCUAAAUAUUUCACUUUGUUAACAAUUGUUAAUCCUGUCUCUUUCUGAAACCUCUCCUUCUCUAUCUCUGUAAGAUUUUUCUCUAAUACCUUGGUUUUCAUCUUGUUUAAUUUAAAACCAGCUACUUGACCAAAUUCUUGUAUUAAUUGUAACACCCUUUUGUACUAGCUUCUGGCUCCUGUACUGUCAAAACUAAAUCAUCAGCAAAAGCUUUCAAUUUGUACUGUUUAGCUCCGAGUUGUAUACCUUUAACCAAUUGGUCUUUUCUAAUCAUAUUGAGCAAAACCUCGAGGACUGAUAGAAAAAGCAAUGGGGAGAUUGGGCAGCCCUGUCUUGUUCCUUUCUCUAUCUUAAAUUCUUCUGUAACUACAUUAUUCACAAUAAGCUUAGCUUUUUGUUCCGAAUAAAUUGCACCUAUACCAUUUUCGAAACUUUGGCCUACCCCCAUCCCCUGCAGAUUUUUCUUCAUAAAACUCCAAGAAAUAUUAUCAAAUGCUUUCUCUGCAUCUGCAAAUAUUAAAACAGCUUUAGUAUUAAUAUUGACUUGCAAUUUUUCCAAAAUGUUAAUGAUGUUCCUAGUGUUGUCUGACAAAUGUCUCCCAGGCAGAAAGCCCGCCUGGUCUUUAUGAAUCUCUUUUACCAAUACGUUUUUUAAUCUCUUAGCCAUAAUUUCAGCAAAAAUUUUGUAAUCCACAUUUAACAGGGAUAUGGGAUGGUAGUUCUUCAACUGUGUCUUCUCCCUUCGGUUUUUGGUAUAAGUGUAAUGUACGCUUCUUUCCACGACUCGGGUGCUUUUCCUCCCCGUAGUAUUUCAUUACAAAGUUCUUUCAACGGUUGCAAUAACCAUUCUUUCAAAGUUUUGUAGUACUUUGCAGUUAAUCCAUCCGGCCCUGGAGAUUUGCCCAAUUUCAUAUUCUGAAUGGCUCCUUCCACUUCUUGGUCAGAUAUAGUCGAAUUUAAUGUUGAUUUACUGUCUUGAGAUAUUUUUUGUAAUCCAUUAUUUUCCAAAAAUCGGUCAAUGUCUAGAUCUUUCUGAGUCUCCUGCGUAUAUAACUGUUUGAAAUAAUUCUGAAAGCACUUCCGAAUCUCUCCAGGGUUCUGUAUAUUCUUUCCUUCUACAACCAAGUUCGUGAUUGUAUUCAGCUUUUGUCUUUUUUCAUUUGCCAGGCCAGUAACUUCCCACAUUUAUUUGCCGAUUCGAAAGUCUUUUGUUUCAUCUGUUUAAUCUUCCAUUCUAUCUCCUGAUUCAUCAAAUUCAUAUACUGUACUUGGUAUAGCUUUAUCUCUUUUAAAAUCUCCUGUGAGUUCGGUUUCGCUCUCAAUCUUUUUUCUCCAUCCUUUAUUUUCUCCAAGAUUUUUUCUCUCUUCUCAUUUUGAUAUCUUUUCCUAAUUGCGUUUUGUUGUAUCAAGAAUCCUCUCAUCACCGCUUUACUGGCAUCCCAAAUCACUCUUUUUUCUGUCGUAGUAUUCAAAUUUAUUUCAAAAUAGUCUCUCAAAUUUUUUGAGCCUUUUUAAUAAUUUCCUCAUUCCUGAAUAAGGAGUCAUUCAUCCUCCAUCUAAAGGCCCCAAUUGGCGUUGAUAUCAUUUCAAUCUUUACUGGAUUGUGAUCAGAGCAGAUUUUCGGGCAAAUCACCGCUUUUUAAUUUUAGGAGCCAGUCCUCUAGUUAUCCAGAUUGGUCUAUUCUUGUCCAUGUCAUAUUUGCUUCAGAGAAGAAGGUUCCUUCUCUUUCCAAGGGGUUCUUUGUUCGCCAAAUAUCCACAAGAUCCAUAUUAUCAGUCAUUUCAAAAAAUGUCUUUGGUAAUCUUCCAUCUUUUGUCACUGUUUGUCUUUGGGCUUUGUCCAUAUUUGUAGACACUACUCCAUUCAUGUCUCCCAUCAAAAUAAUAUUGUAAUCCAAAUAGUCCAGGAGAGUUUCAUGCAAUUUCUUGAAGAAUUCUGAUUUUCCCUCAUUUGGUGCGUAUACACCUAAUAUCAAGAAUUUCUGUCCUUGGAAUUGAAUUUCAAUUGCUAUAUAUCUUCCUUGAUCAUCUUUAAAUAUAAAUUUUGGUGACAGGCUUUCCUUCGCAUAAAGUACUACCCCUCUUUUUUUAACAUUGUCCGAUGAAACAAAUUCCUCUCCCAAUCUUUUAUUUAUCAAGAUUUUCCGAUGUAGCCUUGUCACAUGAGUCUCUUGUAAACAGAUCAAGUCCAAAUGUUCUUUUUUCAAUGUAUGUGUCAAGGCUGCCUCAAGUCUCAGCUCACAAAAGACCAACGCCUAUGUCUUCUUAUAUACAAAGGUGUUUAUUGCAGUUCAUGGUUUGCUUGACAUCCUAGGCGCGCAGCCUUACGUCUCUUACGCUAGACCGCUGAAGUCCCCUCUGAGUCAGUCCCUCCCUGCACCAAUUUAAGAGACUUGCGCUGCUCCACCUCUUUCUCUCCUUCCUUUUCCGCAGGGUCCUUCUGCCCGCUGGGGUUGCGCCCUUCUGGAUUCCUCUGACGCUGAAUCCCCAGACUGCUCUUCCCCCCUCCUGCGGGCUUUGGGACCUGGCCCCUCCUCCGGGCUCCCUGUACUUCCGCGCGCCUCUACAUUUGAACUAGGCGCGCGCGCCAAACCUCUAACUUUCCUUUUGACAGUUACACUACUCCCUUCACUGCUCCCCGCCCUUCCGGAAGGGCGGCUUGCUCUGACCUCCCUCCUUUCUCUGCUCCCGGAGCUGCUUCCUCUGACACACUGGAAACUCCACCCCCUUCGCUGCACUCUGGUGGGGAGGCUGGUCCUGACGCCCAGCUGCCACUUUGGGAUCCUCCGCUGGCCCCCUGCUCCUGACACGUCCCUCCUGGGGCUCCCUGGCCUUAACCACCGGCGCCCCUUCUGGGAAUCCUCUGAUUCGCUGGAAAGACUCAUGGAAUCUCUUGAGUCAUUGUCAUCCUCUUCCUCGCUGGCUUGGAAUUCCUCCCCAUCGCUCUCCAUCUCCUGCCUACCCUGUCCCUCUCUCCCUGAACCCCUGACAGUAUGAAAUACUCUUCCCCUUUUAGCCGACGAAUUUAGACCAUUAAUAUUCCAGCUUAAAAUUUGUAGUGUCAUUUUGUGACUACUCUCCUUCUCCUCCAGCAGCCCCAAGAAGGUUGUCUAUGUCUGUCGGUGGCGUUGGUUUCCCUUUUUUUUGCAGACUCUUGUCCGGUAUCGCGAUGUCUUUUCCCAAUCCUUUCAGUAGGUCUUCUUCGUAUGCACUCAGAAACUUGUUCUUUUCCUCCACUGAUCUGAUCUUGGUCUUUCUUCCUUUAAAGCUAAAGGAUAGACCUUGGGGAAAUUCCCACCUAAAGAGAAUUUUAUUUUUUCUCAACAAGUCCACCAGGUCUCCAAAGUCCUUUCUUAAAUCAAGAAGAUGUUUUGGUAUAUCUUUAAAAAUUUCAACUUUUGAUUGUAUAAUUGUCAAGGGUUUUUCGUAAUGUAAACCCAAAAUUUUGUCCCUUUCUUCCUUAGAUCGAAGAGUAAUCAAACAGUCCCUUAUUUUAAUCUUUCUUCCUCCUUUCCCCAGUCGAAAGGCCCUCACGAUCUUAAAGUCCUCUUGUUUCAAUUCCGAUUUCCAAAAGUCCAGAAAUUCUUGUGUCAAAAAGUCUAUCAAAGUACCUUUCUCCAACUCAGGAACCGCUCUGAUUCUAAGAUUCGUUUGUUUGUCUUUGAGGUCUAUCAUAGAUAACGUUAACUUAUGUUCUGCGAUCUCUUUCUGUAAGUCUGGUACUUUUUCAGUUUCCAACUGCCCCAAUUUGAACUCUACAGCAGCAGUUUUUUCCUGUAUAGACUUUGAGUCUUGCAGCAGUUUCUGAAUAGAUUCCGUAUUGCUGUUUACUUUUUUCUCCAAAUUACCUAAUGUUUCUGUAUUUAGGUCAAUUUUCUUGUUUGCAAUAUCCACUUUCUGAUUGGUCUCUUCCACCUUCCUGUUCGUCUCCCCCACUUUUGUAGAUAGCUGCUGUAUUGAAUCAUUAAUCUUAGACAGAGCACUGGCUAAAAGUUCCUCAGACAUUCCACCAGACUUAGAUUGUGUUGCCGGUGUAGGCAAACCAGCAGAUGAUUGCCUUCUAUGUGUCCAAGGUUUCCCUGAUCUCAAGGUUGACUGGUCCUUAAAACCAUCAGCCAUAACAGAGUGAAGGUCAAGUUACUUUCCCACGUCCGCUCUUCCUGUUUAUAAUUGGAAAAUUCCUUUCCUUUCCUGCAAUUACAGAAAGUCCCACUAGAUGGACACUGUUGCCACCUAGCAAGUUACUGUCUUUUAGAACAACAAGGGAGAGAUACUAAGUAAGAGGAAAAAAAGAGUCCAAAGUAAAAGCCACAAUAUAACUUUCCAGUCUUUUCCAGUCUUUUCCCAGUAAAAUUGGCCACUAUGUAUCUCCUUUGCAGCCAGCAAACAGCUUUAGCCACUUUGACAGCUUUGACAGCUGAGUGACAGAUCACUCAUUUAAUCUUUCAAUUUAAACGAUCCUAUAAAAUCAAAAGUCUUUCCCUUAACUCUCCUAAGGGUAGAUCCCUCCAAAGUCCUCAGGUCAGAAGAAUACACUUAUUUCAAUUCAGCUCUCCACGUUUAGCUCCAAAUCUCUUUGCUUUGUUCUUUAUACAAUGCAGUGAAGCCGACUUCCUGUUUACGCUUCCACCGCGGUAGCCAAUUCAGCCAUUUUUUUAAAAAACUUUAAACUUUUCCGCUUUUUUGCCAAAGUUCCAAAUUAAUCCAAAUCCUGCUCUUUUGUCCAAUUCUUCUACUCACGGUUAGUUUUUGAGUCCGAAUAUCCCAGGAAUAAGUCAGCGCUCUCCAGCAACGGCAACGCGGCUUCGCUCAGUGGGAGCAGCGAUCCGCUCGCAGCACCGCGCUUCUCUCCCCCGCUCCCUUCCGAAGCCUCAAAAAGGCUUCCUUUCAGGUUGGGGGGGGCGCUUCAGGGUGCCUGCCGAGCCUCCACGUUCGCAGGCGUCCGCGCCUGCGAUUUCUAAGGGUCCCCGCUUCGCCGGAGCGCACAGGACCCGAUCUCCCGCUGGGCUACCCCCUCCGAACUUCAAAGGAGGUCCGCCAUUGCUGCUGGCACUGACCGGAAGUCUCUGAAUCCAGAUUGUAGGCUUGAUUUUGUUUUGACAUCACACUACAUGGGUUCAUCAAUGACAAAACAUUAGUCUUACUACCAGUACUGCCUUGUUAAUUGGACACUGUAACUAUUUUGCUUUCAGGUAAACAUUACUGCCUGUUCUUUUUGCAUUUCACUUCUGUCUGAACUCACUCCUGUACAUCUCUUCUUCCCAGAGUACACUUGCUAAUUCAGGAUGAGGAUGAUGAUUAUUUAUUGAAUUUAUAUACCGCCCUAUACCUAGAGGUCUCAGGCCAGUUCCAGAGGUCACAGGAUGGUCUUACGUCUCAGGAUUACCCUUCAGGCUUCUGACAAAAGCAGACUCUGGUGCACAAAGGCUAGUAAAUGUGUUGGCCUUGAAGGAGCCACAAAACACUUUGCUGUUUGUGCUCUACCAAACUAACACAGCUAGUCUUUUUGAUUCUGCAGUUCCUUGAUUACCUUAAUGAAAGAUACUGCAGGAAGCCUGUUCCUCAGUCUAAUUUAAUGAAGUGGUACAUUAUUGGAAUGAUUGGACAUGCACUUUGCCAAAUUAUAUAGGAAAAGCAAAUAACCAGAGCUUUCUGCCAUGACUGAGAUCCUUCCCAAUUGCUCUCUGUUGUCUAUUCAGCAGCUGAAGAAUUUUAUUUUAUUUUCACCCCCAACUCCAGGGUAAAGCAUUUGGUUUUCCCAGUUCAUUGUUUUGAUGGAAAAUUUGCUUUCAUGUAUUCCUUGGAUCAUCUCCUUCCCUACAUCCCAGGCAACUGUUAAGAUCGCUCAAAUGUGUGCCCUCUCUAGACACUAUCCUUUGUUUGAAGUACCUUUCAGCUUCUCAAAUGAACUCUUUACAUAUGCAUAACUGGGUUUUUUUCCAGGCUGUUGUAGUGCUUGAUGGCGGAAAGCACUUACUUCAAUGGCCCUUGAUGGCUGGUGACUACUUCCAGCUACAGGGAUUUGGGUUAUGUUUUGCUCUGUAGGGCCUGAAAAAAACAAAUUUUCAGCUUUGUAUUUAGCAAGAGAAAAGGGAUUUUGCCACUGGCUGUUAUGGAGUAAUUUUGGGCCGAUGCUGUUGCUUUGGUGGACUGGUGCUGUUCUGGGAAUUAGUAUUCCUUGCGUGUUUGCCAAUUGUCCUGCUGUACUUUUAAAUUAGCAUUUUGGUUUUUUUGUGCCUCCAGUUAUUCACUCCUCACAAGGAAACAGACCCCAUGAAAGACUGUCCUGGAACAUUCUGUCGCUUGGGGGACUGAGAAGUGCAUUUUUUGAGACAGAGACAGAGACAGAGACAGAGACAGAGGAAAGAAAGAAAGAAAGAAAGAAAGAAAGAAAGAAAGAAGAGUUAUGGCAUGAGUUUUCAUGGAUGCAUGUGAUGGAAGUAGACUGUGGUCCACAAGAGCUUAUGCCAUUAUAAAUGUGUUAGUUUUUAAGCAGCCACAAGACUCUUAUUUUGCUGCCCUCAGACUAGCAUAGCCACCUGUUUGGAAUUUGCAAAAAAGAAAGCCUUUGUAAAAAGGAUAGCAUUCUCCUUCUCUAAAUUGCUUUGGAGUUUGAAAGGGGUUAAAUAGGUAAAUGUGCUGCCCAUUUUUAAAACUACAGAUGUUAAAGCAGGCCAUUCAUCCAGUGGCCAGUAAAAAUCUCUUUCUGAUAGGGUUGGGAAGGUUUUCUGCAUUGAAAGAGAGCUGGUCAUGUUUCCAGCUGAGAUUCAGACAGAAGGUGCCCUAGUGGAGCAAUUCCCCCCCCCCAAAAGCUAAUUGCUGUGGUUGAGGGCUAUUUUAAUUAAAAUUGUAGCUGUGGAGGAAAAGGUUAAACCUUCUCUCUUUGUGUGCUGCAGUCCUAAUAAAAACUUGGUGGAUGGAGGGGAAGUUCCUGCUUGUGGGCUUCCAAUAUAGGCAUCUGAUUGGUCACUGGUGGUGCUUUGGCCUGUCACUCUCUCUCCCUCUCCCAGUAUUUUGAAACCAGGCACUUUUUGUAUUAAUGGGUUAGCAAAGUAAAGAAACCUUUGAUCACUGACCCAGUUAGAACAAGUCUUAGUGGACAAACCUAAGAAAUCAUUAUCCCAGAUUUUUUUGUAUUACAUUGAGCAUUAAGACGGAUCAACCAGGAUGUACCAUGAAAUUUAAUGGAAAUUUUCUAAAAGAUACAUCAUUGCAAGUAUGAAGACAUAUGUGGAACCACACAGAUAAGUACACAGCGGCUCCAUGUCUGAGAGAAAACUGCAUCAAAAUGAGGGUGCUUAUUCUGAUAUUUUCCUGAAGUGCUAUGAAGAGAGAACAUAUCUUUUUAUCAUUGCUAAUGGUAAUGCUAAGAGGUUGUGGAAAUAAAUCCUAGCAUCAGCAACAAAUAACCCCCCCCCCCUUUUUUUUACCAGAUAUAAUUUCUUGACCUUAAGAUAUUUUUGUGACUUCUAUCAAAGGACUGAUAAGGCGAUUAAGGAUAAAAAGGCACUUCUGUAUGAUUGUGGGACUAGAAUUGCUUAUGCAAAACAUCAGAAAAUAAAUCAGAUACUGAGUCUUCAGAAAGUACUAGGUCAAAUUACGGGAUAUGGCAAUUCUGAAACCAAUUGACCCUCUUGUGUUCUAGGUGAUUGUUGUGCCAACCCACGGGAAGAAGAACCAUGACUUCCGUUCUCUACAGUGUCCGUGAGUAUUCUCUUGAGUUUCUAGGGAACCUCUAGAUUGCUACCUCCAGGUUUUGGGUGGCCUUCGGCAAGAUGCCAUCCACAGAUCUUCCCCCAGUGACAGCCCUUGCAGCCAUCAGUGGUGCUUGCUCACUUGCUCAUCCUCUCCCUGUGGGAAUGUUAAGAAAGGUAGGAGAGAAUAUAUUGUUUUGAUAUUAUCCCUCCUCACUCACUCUAGUGAGUAAACAGCAGAGCAACAUUGCUUUUGCGACUUAACAGAAGCAAGUUGAUGAUUCGUUAGAAUCCUUUAAUUAAGCAAUCCAGUCUGGCUUGUCCAGUCUGGAUUGUUCCUGGUAAGUUUCCCCUUUAUUUCCCUCUUAAAAUAAUAACAACACAACAGAGUCUUCAUUAAAAGUAAGAAUAAAGUUUUACUCACAUUCAGUUCACAGUAGUAAUCUGAAGGCAGGCUGUAUCCUGUGGUUACAGUGAAAAGAAGUCUGAGCUACAUCUUAGACUUUCUGCUUAUGGGCUCCAUCCUAUGUGGGUUGAGCCAUGUGCUGGCUAAGAGCCAGCAAGAGUAAGAGGGUAAGAGUGAGAUGGUUGCAUGACCAGCCCUUUUAUCUGGUCAGCUAGGGUCACUCAUGCCCAUCUACCUGGUCACACACAGGGGGAGGAAGCUCCAGAGCAGGUAUGACAGGAAGUCCUCCCUGUCUGGAGCCACAUCCCUCUGUGUGUCCAUUCUAGACAAAAGGAAAAUGUUGUACUUGACUGCUCUAGUAAUAAUACAUCCCACACACCCUCCAGGUCCAAGGGAGACAUAUAGGGGACCUGGCAGGUUGGACUGCUGUUGCUGGAAGCAAAAAGGAGAUCUGAAUGUAGAAUCAAUAUGUUUGCCCUACAGCAGCCUUUCCCAACCUGGUGCCUUCCAGAUGUUGUUGGACUCCAUCUCCAAUGGACAGGGAUGAUGGGAGUUGUAGUCCAACAACAACCAAAGGGAACCAGUUUGGAGCAGGCUGCUUAGAAGGAUGCUAUGGAAUGGCUGUUUCAUUCAGAGCAUAAUGUUUCCUCCAGAAGCUGGGUCUUUCUAUCUUGAAUUUGGCAUCCCAUCUCUAUAGGCUCAGUUUCUGUUCCUUAUCUGUAUGCUUAAACACAAACAAAUAUUCCUUGUGUUCCCCAUCCCGGGUGGGCAGUGGCCCUCACUCACUCUCUGAUGUGAAAUGCGUCCCCUCAAUCUCCUGCUCAGGCCUUCAGCUGGAUGA